CACAAAGGCAUAAAAAGACAUUGCUGUGAUCCUAUUUACCUGCCAGGGUCACGUAACCGGACCGUGGACAACGCGCCGGUUGAAGCCAAGCCUGCUCCCAACAUGCCUACAUAUAAAAUUGUUAUCCUCGGUGGCGGCAACGCGUCUGGAUAUGCCGCACGUGCAUUAAUCGAGAAUGGUCUCAAGGCAGGGGAGCUCGCGAUCAUUACAGAGGAGAACUAUGUAGCCUACGAAAGGCCUGCCCUUUCAAAGGGUUACCUUGUCGGCGCGGCGCGGCUGCCGGGCUUCCACACGUGCGUGGGCGGUGGGGGCGAGCGGCAGCCACCGGAGUGGUACGGCGAGAAGGGUAUCGCCUACCUAACGGGCAGUCGGGUAACCAAGGCGGAUCUGGCGACCAAGGCGCUCACCCUGGAGAGCGGCGAGGUUGUGUCGUACGACAAACUCAUCAUCGCCACGGGAGCGCGGCCCAUCUUCCUGACUGAGUUCAAGACCCCCGGUGCCGACCUCCGCGGUCUGCACUACCUGCGCGACGUCAAGGAUGCGGAUGCGCUCGUGGCGGCCAUGGCAGCCACCAAGGAGGCGGGGGGCAAGGCUGUUGUGGUGGGCGGCGGUUACAUCGGCAUGGAGGUUGCUGCCGGUCUCGCCGCCAACGGCCUGCCCGUCACCAUGGUGUUCCCCGACGAGCGGCUCAUGCAGCGGCUCUUCACGCCCCAGCUGGCGGCGGUCUACGAGCGGCUGUACGAGGGCAAGGGCGUCAAGGUGCUCAAGGGGGUCAAGGUCACCGGUUUCGCGGGGGCGGACGGCAAGGUGACUGCGGUGGAGUACGUGGCUGCUGCGGGCGGUGAGGCGCAGCAGCUGGAGGCCUCGCUGGUGGUGGUGGGGGUGGGCGCGCGGGCCAAUGUGGAGCUCUUUGCCGGCCAGCUGGAGGUGGCAGCGGGUGGCAUCAAGGUUGACGGCCAGAUGGCCACCAGUGUCCCCGACGUGUACGCCAUUGGUGACGUGGCAGCCUUCCCGCUCACCUCCAUCGCCACCGGGGAUGUGUCGUACGUGCGCCAGGAGCACGUGACGCACUGCAGGCUGAGUGCGGCGCAGGCGGCCAAGGCAGUCAUGGGCCUAUCUCCCGCGCCGUACGACUACCUGCCGUUCUUUUACAGCCGUGUGUUUUCGCUGUCGUGGGUGUUUUACGGAGAGGCCCCCGCGAGCACCACCCCGCUGCACUUUGGGGAUACCGAGGAGGCCAAGACGUUUGGUUGCCUGUGGCUGGGCGCGGGUGGUCAGCUGGUGGGCGCCUUCCUGGAGGGCGGCUCGGCGGAGGACGCGGCGCUGCUCAAGUCGGCGGUGGCGGCGCGUGUGGCGGUGGCGGCGGAGGGGCUGGACACGGCCUCCAGCGCGGCGACCCUGGCGGCGAUCAAGGCCAAGCUGUGAGGCAACGGCGGAAUUGGCGGCGGAUGAGGAGGAGGGGAGAAAUGAGGAGAAAUGGGAGGAGGGGAGGAAAGGGAGUGUGAGGGGCAGGAGAGUUGCUGCUGGCGUACUGGAUUGCGGAAUGCGGAGGGAAUGCUUGGAGCAGGGCGGCGUGAGCAGGGUAGUUAGCGACUGAGCCAUUGUUUGGUGUGUGCAUGGGGUAUCUUGAUGUGUAUGAUGACGUGAUGUGCAUAUACGGUAUCGCAAUCGUUUUGGGACGCUGUGAACGCUUCAACAUGGCUUCACGGUUAUGGUUUGUGACCCAAGUCGGAUUUCCAGAAACCCAACUUGGGAGGAGUUUCUGAUUGUGGCUGGAGGACCCAGCAUGUCUCGGAGGAACAUCGGCAUGUGGAGGUGGAGGCGGCCGCAGCAAUUUUGCAAUCGUAAGCCGGUCCG